AGGACACUGUCUUGGUAUUUAUCCCGACCCCCUGGUCUAGGUGUUAUAUCAUACAUUUCCAGCUCACCUGGAACGUGGAUCACUUUUCCUGAGCUUAUCAUUCACGUGGCGUGCAUCGCUGCAUGAACAACUGAGACAUCCACUGUAUCUCAUUCUCCACCAUGGACCAAUCAAAGGAACAGAGGAUCUUAGAUUUCGUGCUGCAGAAUGCUGUACGUGGUGACCCCCAAAACGUUGUGGAUACGAUAGAUGAAUACUGUACACAUAAGGAAUGGGCCAUGAAUGUGGGAGAUGAGAAAGGCCUGAUCUUGGAUCAAGUGGUGAAGGAGACCGAGCCGUCCACGUUGCUUGAACUGGGAACAUACUGUGGGUACUCUGCUAUCCGCAUAGCCCGGCUGCUGAAGCCUGGGGCUCGGCUUCUCACUGUGGAGAUGAACCCGGCCCAUGUCGCUAUUGCCAAGCAGAUGAUUGAGUUUGCUGGAGUGCAGGACAAGGUACAGAUACUAGAGGGUUCAACAGAGGACAUCCUUCCGAAACUGAAGACUGAGCAUGGUUUACAGCACUUUGACUUCGUGUUUAUCGAUCAUUUUGGGCAAAGAUAUAAACCUGACACAAAGUUACUGGAGGACUGUGGAUUGUUGAGAAAAGGUUCUGUGCUUUUGGCAGACAAUACUUCGUUUCCUAGCUCCAAGGAUUUUGUUGAGUACAUCAGGACGAGUGAUCGCUAUGAUUGCACCAAUUAUCCUGCCCAUCUAGAAUACACAGACAAGCCUGAUGCAAUGGAGAAGGCUGUGUUCAGAGGAUAGUGUAAAUGUUUAGAACAUUAAACAGGUUUUUAAUGUUUAGCAACAAAAAAACAUGUUUUACAUGUGUAUGUAAUAAGAAAAUCAAUGUCAAAAACACGCACUAGUACAGCUUUUUACUACAAAUUUUACCAUGCUGGAAAACAAAAAUUCAAGUAGUCUGUUAAUUAGCAUUUUAGUCAUUUACUCUUUGUUAUAAAUAUUGUAUUUUCGUUACUAUUACAGUCUCAGCGAUUAAAAAAAUAUUUUUUUUCUUAUAGUGCUGCAAAGAAAAUAAAAAAAUAUUGUAAUUUGCUAUAUAUGUUUUGGGUUACUGCAAAACCAAAGAGCUUUUGGUUUGGGCUGGAAGCCGGUUGGCUAGCAGUGCUUACUGCUCAAUCUACAUAAGGUUAUG